CCGAAUGCCCCCUCUCUCUCUCUGCUUCCUCUGUACCCUUUCCUCUCUCGCACGGCACCGAAGCUCACCUGCGGCAAUCGGCACCGCUGGUCAGCAGUUGCAGCGCUCCCAUGGAGUCGCCGCCGCGGCGUCCGCCGGAGAGGAGGUACCCUCUGCGGGAAAACAGGUCUGCGUCGAGAGUCCCGCCUCGACUGCCCCCUACCCGGUCCUCCUCGUCUUCGUCUUCAGCAGCACCAAGUCCCCCUCCGACGAGCUUCGCUCGAGCCCUUGCGUUUGCGCCACCACCGUCCUCGCCACCGGCUUCGAACCGUCACCGCGCCUCCUCAUCGGCCGCAUUGGACGCGGCAACGGGCGAGGCUGUUGGCCCCAUCUCGUCCGAAGGUACCACCGUUUCUGUAUCAGAUAUCCCUCUGAUGGUAAAGACCAAACAUCACAAGAAAAAAGAGAUAACAUCCAGGAGGGCAGAGAAAAGGGGGUCAGUCGAGUUGCUGGGAUCGGAUCAAAUCACGCAGCUGUUGAAGAGCAUGGACACUUUAUCAGAAUUAAUACAAAAGGAGCUCAGUGAUGCCUUGAAUACACAUGGAGUAUCCGAUGGUGAGAAAAGGAAGAUCUUCACUGAUCUUGUGAACAAAUGGAACAGCAUUCUUAAGGAGGCAGUCUCUACUGAGAGGGGUCGUUGCAAAAUUUUGAUCAACAAAAUCCAAGAGCUAAUUGACAAGUACAUGCCACUCUGCCUUGUUCUUGGAGAACCAGAAAAAGUAUCAGAUAUUCAGUUGACUGCUAGCCUAAAACAGAUCGAAAGCCUUCUAAUAUCUGCUGUGCCUGAAUUGGAGGAGCUGAAAAGGCAAAGAUUCAUGAAACUUCAAGACUUACAAGGAAGAUUGAUAGAUCUGUGGGACGAUUUGGGAGUUACCAUCCAAAAACAGAGGCCUUACUCUUUUAUGAUCUGCAACUGCGCUGCAAAAGUAGAUGAAGUGGUUGAAGAGAACGCCUUAUCUGCUGAAUUACUAGAAAAGGUCGAGUGCGAGGUAGCGAGGCUGGAAUUGCUGUUGAAGAAAUCACUUACAGAGAAGGCUGGAGAUAUUUCUACAGAGGCUGAAAGUAUACGCAAUGAUGCAACAAAGCGUGAAGGGCUAGCUGAUGCACCUAAACUGAGAGAGGAAGUCUGCGCCUGGGAAGAAGAGCAGGGCAAAAGAUUUUUCCGUGAUGCUAAUCGCUUGAAAGGAAAACUGUGCACUGAAGCAGUGGGCCGCCCACAUUUGUCCGCAGGGACUUCCCAUGCGGCAGGUGCUGCUGCUGCCGCCGCUGAGGCGGACUCGUCGAGCUCACCUUCCGAUCACUCCAGCAAGGAUCCCGACUUUGAUCCAUCCGAUGACUCUGAGCAAGAAGUCCAGUCUCGCGCUUGAAUCUGCCCCCCCCCCCCCCCACCCCACCACCCCCCACCCCCCCCCCCCCACCUGCAACCAUGUCUUGAUUGGAGUCAUGAUUACGACAUGUUCCUCUGUUGUGUUGAUGUACGAACUACAUGUAGAUAUAACAACAAAGCGCGGCGGUGACAAACCUGUUGGUGAGAAAACUAGAGGCUGUACGGACCAAAGGAUGGCCUUAAACAACACACUCGUUACGUUUACUCCGCUGGUCUAUAGUUUUCCUUUGUGUUUUUUUAGUGGAGUGUCUGGCCAUGUUUGGAUCACUGCCUGCGGCUGCCGAGCCACACAUGGGGCGUGCCUUCCAGCCACUCCAAACCAUUUCUCCCUACGUUCCAAAAUGAAUAAGGCGCGCAUGCAUUCUAAAUUUCAACUUUGACUCAAACUCUAAAUUAGACGAGCCAAAUAUAGAUUAUAUCUGAUAAAAAAUAUACCACUGAAUUUGUAUUGAAACUAAGUUUUUCGUAUAAUUUUGUAGUCACCAAAAAAUAUAUACUAUUGAUCAAAGUUGACUUUUAGGAUGCGUGCACACCUUAUUCAAUGGAAUGUGGAAGUAUAAGCUUAUCCCAGAGUGUGGCGGCCGAUUCGUUCGUGGCAUGCCGCAGUUUAGCGUGGCAACUUGAGGAUCCAGUCCAAACACGCCUUUGUGUUAUGGGACUUUUCAUUUGUAUCCUUAACUUGAAUCCACUACUUAGAGUUACUUCUAAUUUUGGAGCAUGUUCAAAUUUGUCCCAUUGCCGUCAAAAUCUGGACGUUUGCUGGACAUUUUGCCCCUAACACCACGUGUCACUUAUGGGUGGGGCCCACUCAUCAAAAAUAUAAGCAACUACUGUUUUUGGUCGUCGUCAUCGUCAUUUUUAUAGAAAACUCCUUGACUUUUAUGAAAAUAAACCCGCAGUCCAGUAAAUCUAUAUCUAUAACAAUAUAAAAAAAUCCAAACCAUCUCGACCGUCAAAUCAUGUUAUCUAGCGGUUUAAAUCGCUUCAAUGUUGAGCACCAAACACGUUUAACGCUCUAAUUACCCACCAUUGCCAUUGGCUAUAAACACGUUUUGACUCAACGCUAUCCUAUGAAAUCUGCCAUAUAAUUAUUAUCCUGUCAUUUCCGUAAAAAAAUGAUUGAUAUCUUACCAAAUACCAAUGUGCAACAAAUAUAUCUGCCUAAUAUAACGUGCAACUAAUAUCCUAUCUAAUAUAAAUAUAUCUACCUAAUAUACCAAUCUGCCAUGUAAUUUUUCGUCGCUUGAAAGAAAAAACACCCCCGAAUCGAGCGACCGCAUCUCCCACCCCAUCUCGAUGCGCCGCCUCGCCGCCGCCGGCCCGCAUCCUCCGCCACGCCAUCCUCCGCCGCGCCGUGCUGCCGUCCUCCCCGCACCCGGCCUGCCUCCUGUCCUCCGCGCCAUCCUCCCUGCGCCAUCCGGGUCCUCCGCGCGCGGUUCGCCGACGCCGAGGCCCAGGCCGCCGCGCUCCGGGCCUGCACCGGUCGGCUCGAGCACGCGCCGCCGACCGCGACGGGCUGCUCAACACGCUCCUCGCUGCCAUGGGCAACGGCCGAGAGGAGGAGGAGGACGCGCAGGAGGCAGGGCAGCGUCAGAAUCGCGCGCGUUGGAUCCGGCCGAUGGUUACGGCGACACGGACGCGGAGGCUCUGGCCGCGGUCGCCGCGCUCUAUGCCCCGCCCCUGCUCGCCGAGCCCUGCCUCUCCGGAUCUCCAGCCAUGUAUGCUGCCGGGGACCCUGCAGGUCCAAGCUCGUCGGCGAGGGGGAGCGCAGACAGCAGCCUAGCCCGUCAGUAACAUGGCAGUAGGCCUCUUCUCCCCUUCCCAGUUUACAGCAGCGUGCCACACUUUCUCAGGCUCCUGUCCCCGUCGUCAGCACACCGAUUCAGAGGUAGAGGCUGACUUGCAGCUCGUGGACACAGAGGAGGAAGCCUAAGAUCAAUCUCAAAAGCUGUUAUCACUGUUCUCAGCCAGCGAUGCAUAGGGGAAUUGUUUGCUCAUCUAUGUGUUAAAAUCUGGACCUUUUCAUCAACGACUUCAAUUAGGACGAGAUCAAGCUGCAUCUGCGCUGCUCUGUCCACCACAACAAUUUUGGAAUGCAUUAACUUUUAUCUGCCCAGGCAGGAACAUGAGCAUGCAUUUCUGGGAGUUCGCAAGAAGGCGUUGACCCCCUUAUAUAUAUUGCUGCUCUCUGCCAGAAACCAAAUAAAUAACACUUCAUGAUGCUGCUCACUGAUCGAUACUAAAUAUAUGGCUUGUUCUCGAGGAUUGUUAUCACUUUUUGAUUCAUAUGGAAUUUGAGGAUAUGGAUGACACUGGUUUGUUUCUCUUUCACUAAUAAAAUUCUGUCCACCAUUAGCUUACGGGCAAUGCUCCAGAUCCACAUGAACAUGCCUGAGUAAAUGCUCUUUAUGGUUCCAUGUUCUUAUGUAAUAAGACUUGAUGUGUUUUAUCUUCCAAUAAUUCAGACACGGGCCUUCCAACUUGAUACAAGCUACUGACAAGAGUUAGAGGGUCAGGUUUGAUAUUAUUAUUUGUUGUAUGACUAUUUGUUCUCAUUAUGGCACACCUUAUUUAUCUUUUAUUAGUUAUUACAUAGUUUGUCUAUAUUACUUGAAACAUAAUUAUACUGCGUACAUUUAGUGGAUACUGUUGAGUAAAAACAAAAUUCGAACUUCAAAUUACAUACUGGAUUUAGAUUGUUUCCUUAGAAACGAAGAGUUCUUUUUUUGAUGAAAAUGCCAGAUUGGCUUUUCAUUCAUGAAGAAGGGGUGUAGUACAAAGUGUUUCUCAAAAAUACAGGGUAGUACAGCUGCAUACGAACUGUAUGCAGGAAACAUACAGUGGAACAGAACUGAAGCAUCUCUAAUCUGGCUCCCUUGGUUUUUGAAUCAGCUGGUUAAAACCCAAGAUAUCUUUUGCGGUUCCCAGUAGUUGUUUACUAGAGGUAUCCAUGAUCCUUUAGAAAUUAGAAGUGUUAGCAAAACAAAGUGGAACUGAACUGAAGCUAUUUCCAUUAGUAUUGUCUACGUCUCCUUGACCUUUCAUGGGAAUCUGAUGUAACCAUCCUGCAACCUGCAAUACUAUAGAUGAUAUGCAGAGAAGAUUUCAAUAUUACUUAUUACUGCCUUAGUACCAUGCCGUUCUUCUCUACAUAAAUCAUUUAUAAAGCUGUAGGAGGAGCUCAGCUUACAUAUCUGAAUAUCCAACCAAUUGCCUUACCACUAAUUAGUUGCCACACUGCAACUACUGACAGUGGAUACUGACAUCUUAUUCUCUUGGUAGAGUUCAAAACAACAUGAAUCAAGCUGAUGAAAUUCAGUUGUAUUUUUUUCUUUUCCGACCAUGUAGUUUUUUAAACUGCUCUGAAGGUCCUUUCAUAUGUAAUUAAGCUCACACGCAAACGUCCUUGUACGUACUAUAGAAUCAUAUGCUGACAAUAUUGAACUUUUCUGUUGUAGUAAGAAUAUCAAGCGUUGUUUUGUCAUUGGUGUUUCAGUUUGUCGGUUACAGGUAUAUCAUUCCAAUAUUCAUACUAUAGGAGUUGUUGUCAGGGAGUGCGAGAGGGGCAGCAGAGUGGCCAGUGAGGGGAGCACCAUCACGGGAGAUGUGUUCAUACAACGCAACGUCGAGGAGAUGUCGACGACCUCCGUGGAUGAGCGGUGGUUGUGAGAGUUUUCCGAGGAAGGCCCACUCGAUCAUGGAGUGGCUAUCGCUGCAGAAGGCGACGCUAGCAACAGAGGCAGCCAUCCAUUUGUGCCACCAUCAAUAACAACGUUGUAACAAGCAUGGCUCUGCACUGGUUGCUGAAGCAGUAGAGUGGCUUAUGUCAUGUAGGCAACUGGUGGCUACAAGGAUCCGUAUGUAAACAUGGUGUGUGAAAUUUGUGCUACACAGGAAUGGAAUUGCCAAUUUACAAAAUAUAAUAUGCAUGUUUGGUUGAUGAUUA